CCUCAAUCGCCCUGUUGUUAAUGCUGAGGGGAGAGAACGUCUGGAGUGAUCUGCAUGUGCUGGUAUUCUUUUUAUUUUCUGUUAAACAGAACACCUGCCAUCCAAGUGCGAGAAGGAGAGCGGGUCGGGAGAGGGCUCACUCCAGGUUCGGCUGCUGGAGCGGGGCUGAAGCGUCUCGUCUACCGAAGAAAGCCGCAGCUCCUCUCACAGCAAAAAAUUUUUUAUUAUUUAUCUAGAUGGCUUCCCAAAAUCCAGAUAAAGAUGAUAGCAAAGAAACCAUUGGCAAUAUUGAAGAAAGCUCCUUAUUAAGUAAUGGAAAUGUGCAUCAGUCUCUUAAUGAAGUGCCAUUAAAUGGGGAACCUGUUAAUGAAUUAAGAGAUAACGACAAAAAAAAAAAAUCUUCGGAGGAAAGCAAUCGGGGAGGACCGAGUCUCUCAUUGUGUUUGAUGGAAAAUCUAUCUGUCGUUAGCUAUGCUGGUAAUGGAAAUUCACAGUUUCAGCCAGACAAUGGAGAUGAGUGUGCCACCCUUACUCUGAACUGCCUCUUCUGCCACUUUUACGACUUUUUCCUCAUGUUACCCGACGUGCGAAUCCCUAGCGAGAUACGUGUGCUGUUGCCCAUCUCGUAGAUAUCAAAUUAACUCAAACGAGCAUGAAGCCAAUAAUGACCGUCUCUGCAAUUGUGAUUUUGAUGGCGGUUGUUUUGAUGUCUGUCACGAUGCCAGUGAGUGUCUGGAACUGGCCAUGGAAAUCUCAGAAGUGUGUUAUCGCUGACUGACCACAUCCAUACAGUAAUUCAGACAAGAAGAUUCAGACAAAUGCUGUGGUGCAACCCGCAGUGGACAAUGAUCUGAUAUUGUAACAGAGAGGGAUGUUGCCCAAAAGCUUGGCAUGCACUGGCAAAUGAAAAGAAUGCAAGUGAGCAAAAAAUGAAACUACAAUAUAACUGUGCUAGCCAAUAGGAGCAGUACAUAAAGGUGUGCAUGAAACAUACAGAAUUUGGAUAAAUGUGGAUAUUAAAUAAACAAAUUCACUGGCAAAAUUAAUUAUGUCUAAAAGAAACAAAUUCAAAAGUACUACAUAUUCCUGAAAGCACAUCUUAGGCCAUGUGUAUCUUCAGCAUUGUCUAAGUUGUCAAUAUAAUCUACAUUAUUUGACAUGUUUUAUUGAAACAUAUAGGGGUAUUUAAUGUUUGUUUUAUAGUAUGAUUAUUUGCAAAAAUUGCUGUUCAUGUUUGUCCUUUUUUUUUUUUUUUUUUUGGUCU